AUGGAUGCAUCUACGGGAGCUGGAGCCGCGUUGGCAUUGAACCUCUCCGAUGACGGGCUCUAUGCUGCCCACGUCAAUGGAAAAGACCUGAUUGUCUACACCAACCCAGCUUCAGAAGACAAGGAAGCCCAGGUUGCCAGGAUCAAAGAAAACGGCGUCAAAUAUCUGAAAUUCUGCCCUGUCACGACAUCAUCGACAGGACUCAACCACAACACAGAACGACGGCUUCUCAGCGCCAACGACACUCGAAUUUCAGUAUGGCAGCUGGAGCCAUUGCAAAUCUUCGCCGAAAUCGAGAAUCUCGAGCCCGGAGCAUUGAGCAUCGACUUUGGCAGCGAUGGAAACGAAAUCCUCGUCUUCCAUGCUUGGAACACAAAAGUCACAAUCCACUCCCUCGAUACUGGCCGAAUCUCAGUGAUCAAGACGCCAAAGGGUGCCCACCCCCUUGGAUUUGGAUAUCGCCCAAACACUAGGCAACUUGCCAUCUUGCUCAAGCCCGACGCGUCUGAUCUCUUGACCAUUCAUGAACAUAAGACCCAUGAGCUAGUUGGUCGUGCUGUUCUGCCAACUGUCGAUGCCCAAGGGCUGAAAUGGAGUCCCGAUGGAAAAUGGCUUGCCGUUUGGGAUGUGGCUAGUGGUGGCACCAAGGUGCUGAUUUUCACCGCGGAUGGACAGCUGUUCAGGACAUACACUGGACCAACGGGGGCAGACGAUGCAUUCGAUUUAGGCGUGAAGCAAAUUGAAUGGAGUUCGGUAGCUGGUACAAACGGGGCUUCUGAGGUUCUUGCAGUGGGAAAAGUCAAUGGCAAUAUCGAUCUCCUACGAACGCGCACGUUCUCAUCUUCAAUUACUCUAUCACAUGUUUUCCCGGCAGACCAGCAUGCACCCAGUAUCUGGCGAGAGCGGUUCACCAGCGCCCUCGGCGAUGCCGACUACGUCGAAACCUCAAGUUCCUCGGCGUCGAAUAUGAGCCCCGAAUCAUCAGGACUACCACGCGGCAUUACAAUCAUGACAUUCAGCUCUGAUGGCACCCUCUUGGCAACCGUCGACUCCAUGCGAUCUAACGUUGUCUGGAUAUGGGCUCUAGAUGGUUCUCCCAGACUGGCUUCUGCUCUGGUACACGAGCAGCCUGUUCGGCAGCUUGCUUGGCACCCUUCAACACCACAGUUGCUGAUCAAUACAAUCACCAAUAAUCUACCAACUAUACGAUGGUGGUCACCGAAUGCUCACCCCGUGAUCGCUCGGGUUCCCACCCACAAGAGCGAAAGUGGCAAGUAUGAAGUGAAAUGGCUGGCGGAAUCAGAGCCCGACUCGGCCUUUUGGUUUGCAUCUACGGAGGAAUAUGUGGUGGGAUAUUUGUCUGCAGAAGACGACUUGGUGAAAUUCGAGGUCUUGAAUUCGGUGACAAGCCAAGGAUAUGGUGGACAUGCUGGAAGUAUGAUGAGCAGGUAG